ACAAAGCCGGCUGCACGGAAGUGGUGUUGUUGCCACGGUGUGAAAUGAGCCGAUAUAGUUUGAAAGAAAAAAUACAUCACUCGCUCGAAAAAUGCGGUUAAUCUUGUAACGGUCACUUAUUUGUUUUUUCUUGUCAGUACCUUGCAAUCGCUUGAACUUAUCGAAGGGAUAGUUUGUGGGCUACCUUGCUAGCUUCACCAACACAAGCGGCCAUGCCUCCCUACUCUGAAUUGAGGAAAAGCAACCACUUCUACUACUUCAUCAAAUUCACCCUAAAUGUCUAUUCGAUGCUUUUUUCGCUGGUGGGUCUAUGUGUGCUCUGCGUGGGGGUGUAUGCCGAGGUGGAAAGGCAGAAAAAUCGAACCCUGGAGGGUCUCUUCCUGGCUCCUGCUGUGGUGCUAAUCCUGCUGGGCCUGGUAAUGUUCACAGUCUCACUUGUGGGCAUGGUGGGCUCCCUCAGGGACAACAAAACACUGUUGCACAUGUUCCUUUGCGUCCUCUGUGUUUUGCUACUUCUUCAAGCCAUCGCCCUCAUCAUCGCUCUCAUCUUUGAGAAGAAGACGUCGGCCUUGUUUCAAAGCAGUAUACGAGAGGGAAUCAAACACUAUUACGAUGAUCUGGAUUUCAAAAACAUCUUGGAUUACGUGCAACAGAAGUUUUCAUGUUGUGGAGGGGAUGAAUAUAAGGACUGGACAGUCAAUCAAUACCAUUUCUGCAAUGGUACCGGUCCACUUGCAUGUGGGGUUCCGUAUACCUGCUGCGUCCGCCGUAAGGUAGGAGAAGUCAUUAACACUCUGUGUGGGUCCAAGGCUCUGGCUCUCGAUAAACAGCGUGAAACCCUGCAGGAAGUGAUCCACGUGCGAGGCUGUAUCCAUGCAGUCAACCUCUGGAUGAGUGACAACAUCGGGAUAACUAUUGCACUGUGCUGUGCCAUCGGGCUGCCGCAGCUGUUGGGCAUCGUCCUGAGCUGCGUCUUCUGGAACCUCCUGGUGGAAAUGAGCCAGUCCACCGACAUGGUGGACUUCAAGCUCAAGAAGCUGGAGUUCAAGUACAGUGAGCUGGACCUGGCCGGUGCAGGAUGGUGUAUGUGCCUGCCGAGGGACGGCGGCUACUUGCCCAUUCCGGCCUCCGAGCCCGAACUGGACCCCAUUGACAUUCACCUGGAGAAGCUGAAGAAGCAGCCGCCUCGCACUCAUUCCCAGCUGCGUGAACUUCAACAGUCCCGAUCGACCACCGGGCUGGACGAGGUAGACAUCGGCCGUAAGCAGAAAAGGGAACAUUAAUUGGUCUUCUUGCCCUUUCUCGUCUCUGCGUCAUUGUAAACUUUUUAUUUGUUUGAUUUGUGUUGCACUAAGGGUUAAAUCUCUGAUGUUGGAUUUAGGGAAUUUGGUUGAAUCCCAAAUACUUUGUCACUUUGCUGAUUGUGUUUACUAAGAAUUCCAAGAACAAACAACAGAGCAGGGGUGUCCAAAGUGCGGCCAACCAAUUAAUCAACGAUUAAUCGCUUAUCCAAUUAACAGUAUUCGCGAUUGGUCGGCAUGAGCUCUGGCUUUGCUGCCGGAGUUUUUGUUGGGAACAUUCCCGACCGUUACUCGUGUUAGCACCUCAAAUUACUCUGCUGAGAACUCUGUCUUAAUUCAGGACAAGGGAGGUCUGAACUCACCACAUCAAAAAACUGUAAGGAGUCGACAGCUGUUACAAGGCUAGCUAGCAAGCUAGUGGCUAGCUAGCUGGUGGCAGCUUUUAGCCUCCAUAGCAUCUCGGAAACUUCAUGGGGACAUUCCGGGCUGUAACAUCGAGUGGUGAGAGACUAUAUUCGCUAUAAUAACGAACAAGUCGUAAAAGCAAGCUAACAGGCUAACAACGGUCGGUGUUGACAAGGCGUUGCUUAGCGACCACAACUAUGCGGAGAUCCAAAGGGGAAGGGUUCACCCCGCGGACCCCGUGCGGUCAAAAUAUUCCCUAUAUGUAUACGAUUCAUUCAGACCUCCCACAACCGCAAACGCCUUUGCAUCCGAUUUUGGAUCAACCUUUGCAAUAAAAAUCACUUGUAAUGCGUUGAUGCUGCGUUAACACUGUUAAUUAAUUCCCAUUGUUAGCUAAUGACAAAGACACAACACAAGCUAAAUAGUCAACAAGAAUUAAUUGGUUGCUCACGGAGAUUUACAAAAUAAAAGCAUGGCAGUUUUUACCUGGAAAGAAAAUGCACCUAGAGUAGUUUUAGAGUGUUUAUUAAAUAAAGUGAAUGUUAAAGUGGCCCCAUGCAUCCCUUGUUACCUCUCUGUGGAAAAAGUUUGGACACCCCUGACAUAAGGCAUUGACUUUUAAUUAUUUAUUUAUUUUUAAAUCUUGUUGUUUUUUUUUUUAAGGAUUUUUUGGCAUUUCAGCACACUUAAUUUCAUUUGAGCCUUUGCAACUCAUCCGCUAAAGCUUACCUCAGGCUGUUUCCGAAACGGCCCCGAUAGUCAAGAGGACGAAAACUACUGUAUCUUGUGUACAAAUUAACGGUCGAGUCUUGGAGGUUUUUCAGUGUGUUGAUAAAUAGGACUAGCCACGUAUGUCGUGCGUGUAACAUCUGUGACGGAUGUGUACAGGUUGUGUAAUAUUUUUUUAUUUUCUCAUUAGGAGUUUGAUUUGUGCAGUCGGUGUUUUGUAAAACUGAUAGUUGUGGAAUAACACGAAUGCAUGUUUUGUACUGUGUAUGACUAUAAGCGGGUUUAUGAUCCUUGGUUUACAUUUGGAGCUCUCCGAGGAGGGAUUUAGUUUUACGUUUUUUUUUUGUUUUUUUUUUCUACAUGGGUUUUUAUUCUUUCCAUCUUUCAAAGGGACAACAAAAAGGGAGAAUGCAAACUCUUCAAAAUCUUUGACCGUGUUUUCAUACACCACUGUUUUGAGCUUCCCUCCAGCUCUUGCCUUGUACCAACACUACUGCUCCUCUUAAUAAACCUGAAUUUGUCUGCUGA